AGAAUAGCAGAUUCAUCAGGACUGACUUACUCACCGAGAGAGAUGCCUGAACCGCCCCGUCUGCCCCGCGUUGGGCUUUUGGUGUGGCUAAUGAUCUCUAGACCCCACCGCGUUCUCCAUAGGGACAUUUCUGAUGAUGGCGCUGCGUGAAAACCCGGCCGGUGUUUGGACGCCGCCGUUGCAUGCGGCUGAUUGGUGGAGUUGCCGGCCGUUUAGACCCCCACCGUACCCGACGCCGCGUUCCCCUGCCGAGGAAACGUGUUGUUGUUGCCACAGCGUCGUUGGCAGUUGGUUAGAUAUAGACUUUCCAGCUGCCCCUUUAAAAGAUAUGGAGUCUGGAGAGCGGCUGGCCUCCCCUGCGCCUCCCACCCUGCCCAGCGCUCGCACCUCCUCUCCGGCUGCCUCUUCCUCCUCCUCUUCCUCAUCCUCCCCAGCUCCACACUCCAAGAGCAGCCUGGCCCCGAGCCCUGCCACCUCCCUGGGAUCCACCCUCAGCACGUCUGGUCGUUUGUACGGGGCGGUGAGCGACCAACCCUACACGCUGUCAAGUGCCUUCCCCCUGGUCAGCCACCCAGCCUUCGGCCUUUACACCACCAGCUCAGGACGGCCAGAGUUCGGGGGGCUGGGGUCCCUGGGCUCCCUAGGGUCUCUUGGCUCCCUGGGGAUGUCUGCUGCCCUGGCCACACACCCCCAGCUCGGAGCUUUGUCAGAAUGGUGGCGAGCAGCGGAGGCCCACAGCAGGGGCGCGGCGGCUUUCCUUCCUCCGUUCCUGGGGCUCCCCCCGAUGUUCUCCCCCCACAUCCAGCCGAACCAUAGCCCCAGCCCCCUGCAGCCCUCCUGCAGGACCCCUGGCAAGAAUGGACGAGCCCCCAAAGGGCUGAACGGCGCGGUGAAUGGAAGCAGAGUCUCCUCUCCAACCAUGCAGGGGUCCUACUCCAUGAGCAUGUCCCCAUCUCUGGGCAUCUCCCAGGUUUCCAAGGGCCCCAACCCAAAGGCCAGGGGCCCCAGGAGCAGCCCUCACAGCCAGACCCCAACAGCGGAACUACAUCAGGGGAAACCGGCUCAGCAGCCAGACAACACAACCAGCACACGCUCCUACCCAACGCAGAAGCCCAGCAAGCAGCCAGCAGAGGUCGCUGGGGUCAGUGAGAGCGACUCGGGCUCAUUGUCGGACAGUUCUAGCAACGGAGCCAUCAGCAGCGACUUGGAGGAUCUUGGAGGAGAAGAGGAGGAGGAUGACGAUGAAGACGACGAGGAUGACGAGGAUGAUCAAUGUGAGGUGUCGAACUCCGAGAAGGACAAAGAGAGGCAAAUGAAGAAAAAGACAAAGGCCGGGACACUGAGCUUGACCACGCGGGAGGCCCAAGACAAGAGGGACAGCCUUCCUCGCAGACUACCCACCGACCCCCCCACCCUGGUCCCCUCUCGGCGCUCCCCCUCCCCACCUGCUCUGUCCCAGAGCCUCCCCCUGCCCCUCCAGACACCCUGGCCUAGGGAAGAGGGCCUCCAGCAGCACCUCAGUGUGAUCCAGUCCACAGGCCUAGCGGCGAGCUCUAAGCCCCUGGCCCUUCUCACCCACCCGCGGAAGGAAACCUCCCUAUCGUCCCUGUCCCCAAUCCCCCUAAUCGCCUCCCCCAAGGUGCUGCCUUCCUCGCCCCAGCCCCUGGCCCUCUGCUCGUCCCCCAAGCCCCUGUCUGUGCCCUCCCCGCCGCGUCCGGCCCCCCUGUCCUCCUCGCCUCAAACCUUACCUCUUCUCACGCCACCCGCAGCAGCCAACUCCCAGCUGCCCAAAUCGGCGAAGACUCCGGGCGGCGGGAAGACCAGUAAGAGGAAGCUGCUGGAGGAAUCGCUCUCUCAAAUCAACGAGUUCAGGCUGAAACAGUCUUUUCUGUCGCAGGGCCAGACGUUCCCGGCAGCGCUGCCCAAGAAGCAGCCCGGUCACAAGAACGGCAGGAAGUCUGCUGGGGUGACGUCAUCAUCCUCCUUGGCACCCCCCAAGCUGUCCUCCGAGAGACCGCAGGGCGGGGGUGGCAGGAGCAACAAGCUGCCCCCUGCUCCUCUCCCCUCCCCACCCCAAAACAACCACUCCAACCUCUUUCUGUCCAGUGCCCUCCUGGGCGUGGCCAUGCACCCCCACCCGAACGGAGUCAUCCAAAGUACCACCGCUCAGGACGCCCCGCUGGCCCUCAUCACCAAGCCUCGCAAGGACCCUAACAAAGACCUUAACAAGGACCCUAACAUAGACCUUAACAAGGACCCUAACAAAGACCUUAACAAGGACCCCGGCAAGGACUUUUCCGGGGCAGGGGCAUCACUCACGCCCGAGCUGGGUGCGUCCCUUUUGCCCGGGACGGGGGCGUCCCUCGCGCUGCCGGUCAACCUCAGUACCGGCGGAAGGGCCCACUCCGCCUCCUCUCAGGGCCCCUCUGCCCGGCACGCUACCUCACCCUUAUCGGCCACGACACGGGGCCCCAGGAAGAGCAAGGCCCCGAAGGCCCCUAAGCUCCAGACACAAGCUCAGGCCCAGGGCCCUGUGACAGCCUGGAAGGGCCUCUCUCAGAGCCACCUGGUCCAGUCUCUGGUGGACCUGUUCCGGGGGGCCGAGGCUGGACUCCCAGGGCUCCCUGGCAACAAGGACUCGGAUGACUCAGUUGAGGAUGACGACGAUGACGACGAUGAUCUGGACGAUUUGGAGGAUGACGAGGAGGACUCAGAUGACAGUUUAUCAGAUUCAGACAGUAACUCGGACAGCGACGCGGAAGUCUCCGGUGGCAAACCGAAGGACCUGAAACUGCCAUCGUCAGGCUCCGCCUCUAAGAGGGAGCUGAGUCACACCUCCUUACUGAGCAACUCAACCAAUCACACGGCCACCAGCUGCUCUCCACUUAACCUGCAGGUCAUCAAGACGCCCACCAUAGUUACCAGCUCCAGUGCCUUGGCCUAUCAUAGUUCACCUUCCUCCUCCUACUCCCUGGCCACGCCCCCAGGCGCAGGAAAAAGAAAGAGGGUGAUGGAUGAGCAGGAGCUGAGGAUCCCUCUGGAGUUAGGCUGGCAGAGAGAAACUCGGAUCAAAAACAUGUCUGGGAAGAUGCAAGGCGACGUGGUGUACUAUGCGCCGUGCGGGAAGAAGCUGAGGCAGUACCCCGACGUGGUGAAGUAUCUGUCCAGAAAUGGAAUAAGUGGCAUCACACGUGAUAAUUUUAGCUUCAGUGCAAAGAUAAUGGUUGGUGACUUCUAUGAAGCCAGAGAAGGACCCCAGGGUCUACAGUGGAGUCUGCUGAAGGGGGAGGACGUCAUCCCUCGAAUCCUGGCCAUGGAGGGCCGGCGGGGACGCCCCCCCAACUCCGAGCGCCAGCCGGGGGCCGAGGGGAGCAAGGGCUCUCGCAGGAGGAAGGGCCGGCCUCCCAACGUGGGGGAAGGCCUGGGGGUGGACGUGCCUAGCCCGAGCGAGGCCAAGCUGUUACGCAAACUGGAGGCUCAAGAGAUCGCCAGACAGGCAGCCCAGAUGAAGAUGAUGAGGAAGCUCGAGAAGCAAGCUAUGGCCAGGGCAGCCAAAGAGGCCAGGAAGCAACAAGCCAUCAUGGCCGCAGAGGAGAGGAGGAAGCAGAAGGAGCAAAUCAAGAUCCUUAAGCAGCAGGAGAAGAUCAAGCGUAUUCAGCAAAUCAGAAUGGAGAAGGAGAUGAGAGCACAGCAGAUCCUGGAGGCUAAACGGAGGAAGAAAGAAGAGGUUGCAAAUGCCAAAAUUAUGGAGGCAGAGAAACGAAUAAAGGAGAAAGAAAUGAGAAGACAGCAUGCGGUCAUUUUAAAGCACCAGGAGUUGGAGAGGCAUAGACUAGAUAUGGUAUGGGAGAGAGAGAGACGACGGCAACAUGUGAUGCUUAUGAAGGCAGUGGAGGCGCGCAAAAAAGCUGAGGAACGCGAGCGCUUGCGGCAGGAAAAGAGGGAUGAGAAACGCCUGAACAAGGAGAGGAAAUUAGAGCUGAGGAGACUGGAGCUGGAGAUCGCCAGGGAGCUGAAGAAGCCAAAUGAAGACAUGUGUCUGGCUGAUCAUAAGCUUCUUCCAGAGUUUUCCAGAAUCCCCGGGCUGAUCCUGCCGGGGGGGGCCGUGUCCGACUGCCUGAUGCUGAUGCAGUUCCUGCGCGGUUUUGGGAAGGUGCUGGGGUUCGACGUGACGACGGACGUUCCCACCCUGGGCACGCUGCAGGAGGGCCUGCUGAACGUCGGGGACAGCAUGGGCCACGUCCAGGACCUGCUGGUCAGACUGCUCUCCCUGGCCGUGUGUGACCCCGGGCUGCCCCCAGGACACAAGACUAAGACCAUGUUGGGGGACCACCUGACCAACGUGGGCAUCAACCGCGACAACGUGUCAGAGGUGCUUCAGAUGUACAUGGCGGCGCACUGCGGUCAGACUGACCUGGCCGAGCUGGCCCUCAGCCUGAAGACCAAGGCCUUCCAGGCCCACACGCCCGCUCAGAAGGCUUCCAUACUGGGCUUCCUGGCCAAUGAACUGGCCUGCAGCAAGAGUGUCGUUAGCGAGAUCGACAAGAACCUCGAUCAGAUGACCAACAUGAGGAAGGACAAGUGGCUGGUCGAGGGCAAACUCAAGAAGCUGAGGGCCAUCCACGCCAAGCGGACAGGGAGGCGAGAGGCCAGCACAGGGGGCGAGGAGAACCAGCUCCUGGGCACCCCCUCCUCCGGACUCAAGCGUAAGAGGAAGGCGGGAGCGGACAGCGACGAGGACGACGAGGACGACGAGGACAGCGAUGACCCGGCAGACGACGAGGAGGAGGAAGAGGAGGAGGAGAUGAAGAAAGGGAAGAAAGUGGAAACGUGCGACGAGGACGACGGGGACCAGGCCAGCAGCGUGGAGGAGCUGGAGAAACAGAUAGACAAGUUGUCCAAGCAACAGCAGCAGGUGAGGAGGAAGCUGUUUGAGGCGUCCCACUCCCUGCGCUCCAUGAUGUACGGCCAGGACCGCUUCCGCCGCCGCUACUGGGUGCUGCCCCACUGCGGGGGGGUCUUCGUCGAGGCUAUGGAGAGCGGCGAGAGCGCAGAGGAGCGGGAGAAGGAGAGGAGGAGAGCGGCUGCCAUGGAGGAGCUCGUUAAGGAGGAGCUGCAGGAGGAGGAGGUGCAGAAGGAGAAUCUUGGUUUGGUCUACGAGAAGAGGAGCGCCUGCGCCAAGGCGGGGUCAGCUGAAGCGAAGGGGGAGAAAGGUUCUCCCAAUCUGUUCCUCCAGCAGCCGGGCUCUCUGUCCAAACUGAGCACGCUCAUCGAUGUUGCUAAGGAGGUCCCCAAGGACACCCCGAAAGCCGAGGAAGAGCCCCACCCCAAACACAGCCCCACACCGCCGCCGCACUCCGUCACCACGACAACAAUGACGACGGCGCCAUCCUUCCCAACCCACGGUGCUUGCCAGACGGCCUUACCCACAAGCCCUUGUGCAGCAGCGAAACCUGCCACCCCCACCGCCUCGCCCCCCUCCUCAUCGGUCGUGAGCCCCCUGCCUCAGCUCUGCAGCCCCGGGAAGACCUCCUGCACUGCACCUCCACAGCACCAGUACCUCCCCAGUGACCAGCUCCUCAGGGUCCUGACGGAGCGGAGCGGUCACUGGUUCAGCCUGCUCCCCCGCUCCCCAUGUGACGACACCUCCCUGAUCACCUCCCCCGGGCCUCUCCAGUCCUCGCCGUUGCUUCCCUCUGGCCUCACGCGGCCCAGGUCUCCUCCGGCCUCCCCCGCGCUGCCCCUCACCCCCUCCGCGGCGUCGGCUUCACCCAGCCCCCUCCAAUCAGCAGGCCUCAGCAGCUACCCCCUGUCCGCCCUGCAGGCUAAAGCUGGCGGGUCGUUGCUGGGCCUCCCGGGGUUCUGCGGCAGUUGGCCCAAUGGGAUGAUGAGCCCCAGCCAGCUGCCCUUCUGCCGGAGUCCGCUGGCCUGCCACGCUGCCCUGGGCGCCCCGGAGGGCACCGCACCGCCCAGUGUCUCCAGCAAAAGCGAGUCGCCGGUACCCCCCGGCGAGAAGCCCUCGUACAUGGUGCCAUCUCCCGCCGCGAUGGAAGUGCCCAAGCAUUCGGACCACCCCACGCCGCGGCCCAUCCCUGAGGAGAUGCUGUCAGGCUGGUGGCGGGUGGUGGACAUCGAAGAGCUGCGCUCCCUGGUGAAGUCUCUCCACUGCCGAGGCAUCAGGGAGAAGGUCCUGCAUAAACAGAUGCAGAAGUACAUGGAGCUCAUUCCACAGGUCUGCACCAAAUACAGGGACGUGGCCAUGAUCGAGCUGUGCGAGCUGGAGGAGAGCCAGGUGAGUGUGGAGUCGGUGCGGGGCUGGUGUGUGGAGGAGCAGGCCAUGGAGAUGGACAUCGCCGUGCUGCAGCAGGUGGAGGAGCUGGAGAGGAAGGUGACCACUGCCAGCCUUCAGGUCAAGGGCUGGAUGUAUCCCGAGCCCCAAUCGGAGCGGGAGGACCUGGUGUACCACGAGCACAAGCCCUUCCCCAAACACCAGCCGGGGACGGGCGGCGGCGACAAGGACCCCAAGGACCACCCGGAGGACCGGGCGGACCACAAGCCGGGCGGCGCGCUGCGCCACGUGGACAACCCCCUGGACAUAGCGGUGACGCGCCUGGCGGACCUGGAGAGGAACAUUGAGAGAAGGUACCUGAGGAGCCCCUUAGGAACCACCAUUCAGAUCAGGCUGGAUAAUGUGGGCGGUACCGGUACGGUCACUGUCCCCGCCCCUGCUCCAUCCUCUAGUGCUGACAGGGAAGGGGGUGAGGAGGAAGUGGCCCAUGGGAUGAAGGUGUGGAGGAAGGCCCUGGGUGAGGUCCGAAGUGCCGCCCAGCUGGCCAUGUGUCUGCAGCAGCUCCAGAAGUCCAUCGCCUGGGAGAGGUCCAUAAUGAAAGUGUACUGUCAGAUCUGCAGGAAGGGCGACAAUGAGGACCUGCUCCUGCUGUGUGACGGCUGUGACAAAGGCUGCCACACGUACUGUCACAAACCCAAGAUCACCACCAUCCCAGAGGGGGACUGGUACUGCCCCGCCUGCAUCUCUAAGGCAAGUGGCCCGUCUCCCAAGAACAAGAAGCCUCAGAGCAAACCCCCAGCGGGAGGAAGCGGUAAGAAACCAACCACCGCAGAGGCGAAGAGGAAUGGGAAGCAGGCCGGGAACAGUAACGGGACCGCGGACGUGCCUGAAGACAACCCACCGAGUGCUGGCAGCACACCGAAGAAAUGCGGAGCAAAGGAAACCCCCAACAGGAAGAGGAAAGUAGAGGAGAGUCCCGCCCCAUCUCAAGCCCCGCCCACACCCCAGUCACCCAAUCAGGACAGCCCUGUGUGUGUGAAGAGAGCAAAGACAGCCAGAGACAACAACCGAGAUCUUGGCUUGUGCAGGGUCCUUCUAGCUGAGUUGGAGCGUCACCAGGACGCCUGGCCCUUCCUUAACCCUGUCAACACCAAAGGUGUCCCUGGCUACAGGAAGGUCAUCAAGAAGCCCAUGGACUUCUCCACCAUCAGAGAGAAACUUGUCAGCAGCCAGUAUCAAAAUCUGGAGACCUUCAUCAUAGACGUCAACUUGGUGUUUGAUAACUGUGAAAAGUUUAAUGAAGACAAUUCAGACAUUGGGCGAGCGGGACACAACAUGAGGAAGUUCUUUGACAAGAGAUGGACAGAGCUUUUGAAGCAAACAAACUAAUACAUCUGUUGUUUUACCAGUCACCAUCAACGUCUAAAACCAGACCUCCAGUAAAAUUCCAUUUUGCUUUUUAAAACACCAUGUGUUAGGAACGAGAAGAUGACCUGUCUGUACCUUUGAAAACCUUUUGGGCGUUCAAGCAAAAUGUCACCUUGAGUCGACGGACUUAUAACGCUUGUGUUGCUACACAGUACAACAGGGAUCAAAACACCCAAAGAGUCCUACACAAUAUCAGCUGGGUGUCCUAGUGCAAUACCAUUUCCUAUUCAAGAUCAUUGCACUGAAUCUUCAUCUUCAUCAACCACCCGAGAUCUCUCUGCGGUAGAAUACUUUCCACUACUUGUAAAUAACCAUUUUUUUAUUUAAUCGUAUUAUAGUGAAUGUAUUUAAUUUUUUUAAUAAUUAUUUAUGAAUCAAUAAAUAAAAAAUAAAAAAGGUCCACUUCAUUUUCUAUGAAAAGGAAGAAUCAGCUCAACUGCUUUGAAUCGAAAGGAAUGUCGGUUUUUGUUUUGUGUGUUUUACUUUUCUUUUUUCACAAAUAUGAAACAAAGCCAAGAAAAAACUUACUGUUUACACUGUUCUAUGCUUUUCGGCAUCAGAGGACUGUAUUCAUUAUGUAAAACUGUACGACUGCAUUUAAUUACAAAAACUGCAGAAAACAGUCAGACAUUGGUGAUACAUGUGUAUAUACUGUUUAUUAAUGUCAAUAUUCAAGUCUUGUUUGAACGAUGUGUACAAAUUCUUUAAGAUAUCAGAUAUUGUUUAUGCCUUAGAAUGAUUGUAGCAUUCUAUUCUAUUUUAGUGAAAGUGAUGAACAUUAUCAUAAAUAUUGUUUGUACAAUAUAUACAUAUCCUCUGCAAACACUGUGGUAUCCUCAAUCUUGGUAGUGCCUGCCCUUCGACAAGGGUGUAGGGGAUAUUUUGUUUUCCUUUUCCAUUUUUAUGUUGUUAUCUUUUUCUAUAAUUUCAAUCCAACUUAGCCUCCAAAGUCUGACGGUGACACAGUUAUCAUUCCUAUCCUCAUGGUAAAAAAAAAAACUACAAAAAAAAAAACAUUGAAGUCUUUUUCAGUCUUUUUUUUUCUCUCCCAUUUCCCCACAUCUGCCUUGCUACAUUACAGAGGACAUCAGGCCAUUUGUAACCACUGUGUUUGAAUCUUGCUGUGUGUCGUGGCCUAAUGGAGGCAGCUAGAGUUUUUGUACCCAAGUCAGAGUACUUGAAGUUACUUUAUUUAAGAUAUUGUGGGAAAAAAAGUAUCAUUCUUUUUGUAGAAGCUUUAUUUUUCACUAGUGUGUGGCACGGACCUAUUAAAGGAUGUUUUUCAACCUA